AUCGUCGUCACAACUCGUGUAUAUUUGACGUUCGGCUGUGGAAGUGCGUUUCCGUCCUUGUCAAUGGCGUUGCUGCGGAACCAGGCCAGCUUGACAGUGAUGCCGCUGACCGUUGGGCAUGAUUGUAUUUUCCCACAUCACAUUGGCGCUUUUCGUUUGUGCUGUUUUCUGUGAAGAACAAUCGGAAGUUACUACGCAGGAAAAUAAGGAUGUCUUCGCGGGGAAGAACAUUUCGCGCGCCACGAUGCCAAUCGUUGAAGGCAAGCAGGACGAGAUUUUGGCAAGAAUGAAGAAAAUUCGACAGCAGGCAUCUUUAAACAGUGAAGGAAAACUGGACGUUGGAGUUCGCAUCAUCAAAGGUCGAUUGGCAAAAAAAGGUGAAUUUCCGUACCAAGUGACAGUGAUUGCUGACGAAGAUGAAAUUUGCGGCGGCUCCCUGGUCACCAACAGCCACGUCCUGACGGCGGGCCACUGCGUUUUUGAAAAAAACGAGUUCGAGCUAAUCUUCGGUUCGCUUAACGAGGAGACUGCGGACAAAGGGUCAGUCACUUUGUACAGCAACAAGUCGGUUUGCCACAGUGAAUACAAUUCCACCUCUUUGGAGAAUGACAUCGCCAUCAUUUACCUGCCAAAACCUGUCAAGGAAACCAGUUUAAUUAGCACGGUCAAGAUACCAACUAAGAGUCAGGCUGACCAAGUGGGAUUGCCUAAGAACUAUGCGACAAUUGCCGGCUGGGGGAGGACAUCAGAUGCAAGCAUGGACGUGAGUCAAGUCUUGAAGACAGUUGACCUGCAAAUUAUUGACAAUAAAGAAUGCCUUGACGCAUUCGGAGAAGGUUCUGUUUCGUCGGCGCAGGUUUGUGCUUUGGGCAACAAUGGCGACGCCACUUGUCAGGGUGACAGUGGUGGACCUCUAGUGCAGAAAUUCAACGACGAAAACAUCCAGAUUGGCUUGGUGUCGUUUGGCGCGGGUGAAGGAUGCGAAAAGGGCUUCCCUGAGGUUUACACCAGGGUGUCGAGUUAUCUCCAAUGGAUUUCCUUGAAAACAAAAUCAACACCUCACUCCAAACCCUCUCGACCUAAAAAUCACAAGAAAAACAACAAUAAGAAGAAGAAGCAACAGAAGAAGGCCAAGAAGAGAGCCAAAGUUAGAAUGAGCGAUCCUAGAAAAUUGUUUCAGUCAAAUAAUGGAUAAAUCUGAAUUAAUGGUUUAUUAAAUUGGUUGCAAUUCGAUUAUUUGAAAUUAAAAUAAAAGUUACAAGACCAGAAAUUUGAUUAAAUCUCAUUGAUGUAUUAAAAUA